CCGGUAGUACUUCGACAUGACGUCAUAUUGUAGUCCAUUUGACCUCAGAUGCCGGAGAAUCCAUUUGCUGUUAUUUAGCUAAGCUGCUGAAAGUUGUGUAACAAGGGAAACAAAAAGGACACCACUCCCGGGAGGACUCGUUCAUUUGAGUUAUAUAGAGGGUCUCUCCUCACACAUUAACACCCCCAACUCCUAAUUUUGAGUUAUCAUUCGGCAAAAAUGUUUUCACUGUCAACGUGUUUUCAGCCACAGCAGAUGAUAGUGCCCCUCAGCCAGCUCAUCAAUGCCCUCCACUCUCUGAAGAACUCAGCCACAGCUUCAGUCCAGGCCCUGCACAAAGAUUUCAUUCCAGAGCACAGUUCAUAUCUAAAAGAGCCCAGUGUGAGUCUGAGGGAUCUUGGCCUGUCGGAGAUCAGGGCGAGUCAGCUGGAUGAGCUGGUCAGCAGGUUACUGCCGAUCCCCGGGCCAGAAGAACCUCCCGCUGUUCCUUCCAUAUGGAGGUCGAGUCACGUUUCUUCAGACAGCUUCUUUCACAACAAGCAUGGGUUUUCACACAGAAGGUUGGGUGUUUUUGGCUCCCCAAUAUUCCACAGACAAUACCACAGUCCUCUAAAAGGAGCGUGCUCAGAGCUACAAUUCUUGCCCGUAUGGAUCCAGAGUCGGGGUUUCAAGACACUUAAAUCAAGGACCAGACGGACGGAGUCUGGUUAUGACGGUCCGGUAGAAUCCGAGGCCUACACACCAGCCUUCAUGAAGGGAUUUCUUCAGAGGGAAAAGGCACCAGAAGCCCAGUCACUGGACGAACUGCUGAAACAAAGGCACCUUCCAGAUAACCAGCAGGAAGCUUUCAAGACGGGGUUCACUGAGGGGUUCAUGAGGUCUCAGGCCUUCACUCAGAGAACACAAGCCUCGCUGAGGAGAACCAGGAUUAUCCUGUUGGCCCUUCUACUUCUUGGUAUUUAUGGCUUGUCAAGAACCCCGUUUCUCUCGGGUAAAGGCUCCUUUUCUGAUGCUGUGAGGUUCCGCACCACAUCUGGUCUUGACUCAGCAGUCGACCCCAUCCAGAUGAAGAAUGUGACAUUUGAUCACGUCAAAGGAGCAGAGGAGGCGAAGAAUGAAUUACAAGAUGUUGUGGAUUUUCUCAAGAACCCCGAGAAAUUUACUGUUCUGGGUGGAAAGCUGCCUAAAGGGAUCCUCCUUGUUGGUCCACCAGGCACAGGAAAGACUCUGUUAGCACGGGCUGUGGCUGGGGAGGCUGACGUGCCUUUCUACUACGCCUCCGGAUCAGAGUUUGAUGAGAUGUUCGUGGGUGUUGGUGCGAGUCGAAUCAGGAACCUUUUCAAAGAGGCAAAAGCUAACGCUCCUUGUGUUAUCUUCAUUGAUGAGUUGGACAGCGUUGGCGGAAAGAGGAUUGAGUCUCCAAUGCAUCCCUAUUCUAGACAAACCAUCAACCAGCUGCUGGCUGAAAUGGACGGGUUUAAACCAAACGAGGGCGUCAUCGUUAUUGGUGCUACAAACUUUGCAGAGGCUUUGGACACCGCUCUGGUGAGGCCAGGACGGUUUGACAUGCAGGUGACGGUCCCUCGUCCCGAUGUGAAAGGACGCACUGAAAUUCUCAACUGGUACCUCUCAAAGAUCAAAAUAGACCCAGCUGUGGAAGCAGAGAUUAUUGCCCGGGGCACGGUGGGCUUCACUGGGGCAGAGCUGGAGAACCUGGUCAACCAGGCCGCCCUGAAGGCAGCCAUGGACGAGAAAGAGAUGGUCACAAUGAAGGAUCUGGAGUUCGCUAAGGACAAGAUCCUCAUGGGCCCUGAGAGGAAGAGUGUUGAUAUCGACAAGAAGAAUAAGACCAUCACAGCCUACCAUGAGUCCGGCCAUGCUAUUGUUGCCUAUUACACCAAAGAUGCAAUGCCCAUCAAUAAGGCCACCAUCAUGCCUAGAGGUCCAACUCUUGGCCAUGUGUCCAUGCUCCCAGAGAAUGACCGUUGGAGUGAGACAAGAGCCCAGCUGCUGGCUCAGAUGGAUGUCAGUAUGGGCGGCCGAGUAGCAGAGGAGCUCAUCUUUGGAGAUGAUAACAUCACCACUGGAGCCUCCAGUGACUUUGAUGGAGCAACCAAAAUAGCAAAAAUGAUGGUGACCAGGUUCGGCAUGAGUGACAAGCUUGGCGUCAUGACCUACGGCGACGUGACCAAGCAGAGCCCCGAGACACAAGCUGCCAUCGAGCAGGAAGUCAGGGCUUUACUGAAGGACUCAUACGAACGUGCUAAAAACAUCCUCAAGACGUACAACAAGGAGCACAAGAAGCUAGCUGAUGCCCUGCUCGCGUAUGAAACUCUGAAUGCCAAGGAGAUCCAGAUGGUGCUGGAGGGCAAAUCAUUGGACCAGCAGAUACCUCAGUAGAUAUUUUUGACUCUUGUAUCAUGUAUAUAUAUGAAGCUGUGCACAGGGCUUUUGGAGGCCUUGUAUUUCAUUUGUUUGUAACCCUCUUUAUUAUCGAUGUGAAGAAAAAUGUGAAAAAAAAUAAGUUUCACCCCUUUAUAAACCUUUUUUUUUUUAUUUCAUUUGUCUUGCAUUUCCUGUAGCAAAGACUUUUGGUUUCACAGUGAUUUUAAAAGCACUCAGUUUAAAUGAAUAAAAAUACAUAUUUGUUCUCCAGAAGUGUGUCUGCUACAGAUGUUUGAGGUGUCAUGAGGGGCUUCCUGUCCUCUACUCAAUGACUAAAUGACUUCUGUAGAUGUUUUGAUACAUCAGUCAUAUUUGGCAUAACAAGGUUAUACAGUAAAUGUAUUAAGGUGAGAUGAAUGAUUUCACAUAUGUCUAUUGUCUCAUUUUAAAUGUGUACACACCGGUGAACACCAUAGAACCUUAAAGUACCUCAAUCUAGAAUGUACCAUCUGGCUGUAGCAAAGUACAGGUGAUACCAUCAUUUUAGAGUUUUUUUCUCUAAAUUAUAUAUUUCAGUUGCAUCUAUUUUGUUUAUUUAUUUAAGUGCCCAAAGGUGUGUUCUUUUUCUGAAAUUAGUGAUCCUCACGCCCUAUUGUAAGCCCACGUGUAGCUGAUAAAUGAGGGGAAAUGUAUGUAUAUACACACACACUAUAAAACGUGUAAAAGGAUUGGCUUUGUGCUUCUGUUUGUUCUUUGAGACAAAGCCAUUGGAGCUCAAAUAAAGGUUAUCCUUACUCAUGAA